AUGGAGACCUGGAGCCAGGACGCACGCACCGCGCAGCGCAGGCUGCGCGAGGCGAGCUGUGAGGCGAGCGUUAUAGCGGUGUGGAGCAUGUACUCGCGCGCGCGCACGACCCUCGCGCACCGCAGACGCGUGACGAAUUUGGCGUGGCGGAUGAUGGGCGUGGCUGCGCGGCGCCGAGACACGGCCCGUGCGGCGGAACGAGGGGUCAGGGGGAGCGCUGCCGGCAGCGGGGCGGACCGGAGGGCUGCGUCCGUGCGCGGCGACAAGGCGCCACAUCGCGAAGCAGCGUCUUCGCGGAAGUCACAUGCGGGCGCGUGCAGCGCGGCGGCGAGCGCUCAUAAAGAGAAGGGAGCUUCGCGUGCCACGGCCCCCCGGUCGGAGCAGGAGCUGGGGUUUCUCGGGAUGGACUCGGAGUCUGGCUGCCUGUCGGGACUGGGAGCGCUGUGGAUGGAGCAGGUGCUGGACGUGCAGGGGCCGGACGCGGACGAAGAGCUUGCGGCGUACGCGCGCGGAAGCUGGUCUCCCGCAGCACCGGCGGAGCCGGCGGCGGAGCCCGUGGCGCGCGCCUUUCCCCGGUUCGACGGCAUGCUGGAGGGCUUCUGUGCGGACGCUCUGUGCGAGACAAUCGAGGACACGCGCCCGGCGCUUUACGGCGGCAACAGCGCGGUUUCGCUGCAGGAUCUGCAGCGACGCAAGACGGACACGCGCCAGCCGCGGAGCGGGCGCCGCACGCUGCCGAAGGCGGUGCGCAAAAAAAACGCGAGUCGGCCGCGCUCGCGCAGAUCGAGCGUUUCAGUGGGGCCGGCGGGGCAGGAGGACGGGCGGGAGGAGGUUGCGGGGGCGGGCGGCAAGCCGGACACUAAGUGCUCCAACUGUAUGACGAAGACGACGCCGCUGUGGCGCCGCGGCCCGCAGGGAGAUCCGCUGUGCAACGCCUGCGGGCUUUUUCUCAAACUGCACGGCGUUGUGCGGCCGCUGUCGCUCAAGACCGAUGUGAUCAAAAAACGGCAGCGCGGCUCGAACCGCAAUACACAGGCGGUUGGGAAGACGUCGUGCGAGUCACCGGCGAAGGAUGUGCCCGUGGGCGGCGCUGGCGGGCGACGGCGGAACACGGCUCCCAGGGCUCGUGGCGAGGCGGUGCCGCAGGGCGCACCCGUAGUCUCAGUUUCCUACACCGGGGCGGUGCACGAGGCGUCUGAGGCGUCGCCGCAGUAUCUGAUGACGGCUUCCGAUAGAUCGAUUAGUAGUACGCAUGUGACCCAAGGACUGCCGGACGGCUUCCACGCGCGAUCGAUGGAGGUGGGGUACGGCCUGUACGUUCCCGAAGAGCACCAAAGCGGACAGGGGGAUCAGCAUUCAGAUACAACCAAUACUGCGACCUGGGACUGGUUGACCUUGAGUUUAUAA